AUCCUGACGUUUUUGGCUACAUUUAGAAACAAAGUAUCCUCGUCAUUAAUUGUGUGAAAAGUAGCCUAUUGUGUCGUCUAUCUGGCCUUAUCCAAAUGCAAAAUAGCCUACUUUAAUACAGCGCCCAUGCGACAAAAUACGAAUGCACUCUAUGGCCUGAAAAUGAAGUCUGUAAGAUAGAAAUAUGCAUUAUGCAGAGAUUAAUGAAUUUUCCACAUUGGGCUUGGGCUAAACAGGCCCCAUAACUUGGAAAUAUUGUUUUACCACUGAGUCUGGACUGAGACUGAAUCCUCAGCCGUGGCUUAUCUCAUGCACUUCACGACCCAGCCCCAUCUCGAAAACUUUCUUGCCAGGGCAAGUGAUGUUGUGUCAGUCAGAUCCAUUAGGCCUACCUCCUGGCCAGGACUGCAGGAGCAUCCCGUAGCAACUGAGGAUACACCCAGACAUAUUAUGUUAAAGCAAUGGAGGAAAUAGUUUGACUGCGACCGAGCAGACGCGAGUGUCCGAGGAAGCGGUAAUAUUGGUACGUCUGAAAUAGGCUACGCUCUGCCGACUCCAGAAAACUGAUGUCUGCCUGCGACACACAGUGGUUCUCCGGAAUUUCAUCAACUUAACGGAAUCUUCAGAGGAAACGAAAUUCAGACACAUGACAAGAUCUACUAUGCUAAAUGCGCCUUUCCUACAACAAUGACCAGUGGUUCUGGCAACUUUUUGCUAGUUCCCAUACCGGAGUAUCCCGUUCUGGACUGUGAUCCAAAUAAAACCGUCAAGAUUGUCGUGCUCGGCGCAAACAAUGUGGGGAAAACAGCUCUAAUUGUACGAUUUCUGACUAAGCGUUUCAUCGGAGACUAUGAGGCAAACACAGGAGCCCUCUAUUCACGAAAGAUCACAUUGGAUGGAGAACAGGUGUCCCUACAAGUACAGGACACGCCAUGUGUGGCACUCCAGGAUGACGCGGAGGGUCUGUACUGCCAGGAGCAGAUCAACCGCUCCAUCUACUGGGCGGACGGCUACGUGCUGGCCUUCUCCAUCACAGACCUCAGCAGCUACCACACCAUACAGCCGCUCUACCAGCAUGUGCGCCGCAUCCACCCCACGGGCAACAUCCCCGUGAUCCUGGUGGGCAAUAAGAGCGACCUCCUGCGUGCCCGCCAGGUGGAUGCUCACGAGGGCGAGGCCCUGGCAGCCGAGCUGGGCGGGACGUACUUUGAGACGUCGGCGCGAGAGAACCACGACGGAGUCCACUCCGCGUUUCUGCACCUGUGCCAGGAGGUUAGCCGCGCCCUCGGCGGGGGCAACGGAGAGAAGAGGAAAGGCGGACUUCACCUUGCCAGACCCAAGUCUCCAAACAUGCAGGAGCUUAAGAGGAGAUUCCGGCAAGUGUUGUCUUCCAAGUCGAAGUCAGCCACAGCAAUAUGAAUGAUUUGCAAUGAGAAGAAGCCUUAAGUAUUGAGGACUUGGCCCAUCACAAUAAUGCCUUCUCAGCCUUUGUUGUUGCUGAUUUUGCAAAACAGUGGUCACUUGAAGUGAUUGGGCAACAUGCUUUUGGCUCCCUCAACAUCCUUUUCUUUUCUUUUUGUAUUUUUUCAACUCUAUGAGGACAUAAUGUUCACACAUUUCAUCAAUGUAAAAAUUCAAUUAAGUCAUUUCCAAGAAACUGCUUUGAGUAUUUCUUGAAUGUUGUCUGUCCUCUGAGAAAUGUUUGUCCUGAACAAUAAACCUGUUUAUUGUUCCACAAGGAUCCAGAAGUAUUGAUCUUGAGAGGUGUUUUAAGAAUAAGGAAUACUCAUAUAGUAAGUACACAAUAACAAAAUGUCACACAGUGCAUUAUUGGCCUGUUUCCACGUUGACUGCACUGUUUCUAAAAUAUCAGCAGCAUCCUAAAGCUCAAGUGAAAUCCACCAUGUUUCAGCCCAAUGCGUUUUGGAUUGUUUUCAAAUGUCCCGAGGGCGAAGGCUCUCCUUAAUGGGCUUUUCUCAUGACCUUUGACCCUUGUAUGUGUGACCUCUGCGUUUUUCGGGAGCUCUGCAAUCUCUCAGUUUCCCCGAGUGUCCCUUUCCUUUCCCCUCCCAUGAAGGAGCUGUGGAAGGGGUCUCAGAUAAGACCGGCAUUCCUCUGUGGCCUUUAGAAACAUGCAUUCCUUGGUGACUAACCACCACUACUUGCUUGUUUGCACUCUCUCCCACAUACUUAAUGUGAUCUAAUGUGUCUUGUGUGAUCUUGUGUCAGAUCUGAUGGUGCGAGAUAAAGGUUUAGUUCUUUAAUUGUCAGUCGGUUCAUAGGAGGCACUCUUUUUGGACCAUCUCUCAAAGUCUUUAACAUGGGAAGUUCCUUGGUGGUUUUUGAGGUCCUGCUAGUCCAUGAGAUUUCCGUUCUUCACCACGUGUACAAAGGGGAAUUCAGAGUACUAGCAGAUGUACUGUAUCUAGAAGAAUAAUUGGGUUCACUCACUGUGGCACCUCAAUGAACUUGCAGCCACAUUUAGAAGUGUCCCUCUUAAGUUCCAGGCCCAAAGUGGAAUGGUCUCAUUCAAACUACAGAGCGGUUGCUCUUAAGUGACGUAGCGCAUCCAGUUAUAGCCCGUGGACGGGGGGCAAAGUGAGUUUAGGAGUGCCCUCCACCGUCUGACAAGUUGAAGCACUGAAACAGAUUUGGAAACACUAUUUUAAGGUGGAAAAAAACCUAGUCGUACUUGUUGCUUUAACCCAGUAAGAUACAGCAUUAUACAUUUGCUGUUACCAGAAUGGCAAUGACCAAGUCGUAGAGCAUUACUGAAGGCCCUGUGACAUGUCGUAGUAGUGUAGCACCUUGAUGUGGUAAGUGUUGCUAAACAUGAAAGAAUGUAUAAAAAGCGCGUCUGUUCUCAUAGCUUUGUGUACUAUCAGGAGGAGGCUAUCAGGAAGUAGAGUGUGGUCCUCAGAGAGUCUAAAAGGGAGUGGAGGUCCCUAAGGAAGUGGAGGAGGGAUAGAGAGGGGGGGGAAAGAGGCGGCAAAAGGAAAUGCAUGAAGUGCAUGUCUCAACGGUCAACCCAAGGAUGACGUGCACACUGACAUCACAGCUUUGUUUAAGUACCCUAAGUGUUCUGGACUGUGGAUGCAUAAACUCACUCAUUUGUAAUACCGUUAUUCAUCGUCAUAGUAGCACUGAGAGAGGUCAGCAAAAUUGGGAAUGAUCCUAACAUCAGUAGUCAAUAUUAAACAUGCCAUGGCUCAAGCACAUCUCAAGACAGAAUAACUUUUCCAAUGUAUUUAAGAAAUUUGUUCCUGAUCCAGAACAAUCAAUAGGGAAUGGCAUGAUAACAUUAACAUUGGAUGUAAUGUUCUGAAUUAAUGAUCCCAUGAAUGGAAAGUAUUUUCAAAACCAGAUACUAUUUUACAUCCCAACCAAAAA